CAAUAUGGAACCGCAGACGUAUCUAUUUUCCUUGUUUCAUAAGCUUACGUGAGUAUGAUCACAUGUUGCCAUUAGUUCACGGGAAAAAAAAAAGUUAUCAAAUAUUUGUUGACUUUACAUCAUCUUUUUUGCAUACUAUCUUUUUAGCAACAACGGCAAAGACAUUUUUCACAAUGGCUGCUCUUGGCUUAGCACUCUUGGCGUCGCUCGCUGUGACAACUCUAGCAAAUGAUCGUAUGAGGGUUUGCUACUACUCCAACUGGUCCCAGUACCGUCCCGGAACCGGCAAGUUCCUCCCAAGUGACAUAGAUCCGUUCCUCUGUACCCAUUUAAUCUACUCGUUUGCCAAACUUGACUACAAGUCUGAACUCACGUUCUUUGAAUGGAAUGACGAUAAAUUAUAUGCCCAAUUCAAUGGCUUAAAAUCCAAAAAUCCAAACCUUAAAACGCUGCUUGCAACUGGAGGAUGGAACGCCGGCAGCAAGGUGUAUUCGGACAUGGUCACUGACGUCACUCUGAGGGAAAAGUUCGCACGUACGUCCGUGCAGUUCGUUAGAAAAUGGGGCUUUGAUGGUCUAGAUAUGGACUGGGAAUAUCCAGCACUGAGAGGCGGGCGCCCAGAAGAUAAACAGAACUUCAUAGAACUGCUGAAGGAUUUGGAGAAAGAGAUAGAUAAAGACCAAAGUCAGAAUCCAGGGAAAUCCAGACUUUUGCUUACAGCUGCUGUCGCUGCCGGAAAAUCAAACGUCGACGCUGCCUACAACAUUCCCGAAAUGGCAAAAUAUUUGGAUUUUAUAAACCUUAUGUCGUAUGACCUUAAUGGCGCAUGGAAUGAUUAUACUGGCUUCAAUAGUCCUUUGUAUGCAAGAUCCUCUGAAAACGGCGACCAGAAGACUCUAAAUGUGGACUGGGCCGCAAAAUACUGGGUACAACAAGGAACCCCGAAGGAAAAGUUAAUAAUUGGUCUGGCAACAUACGGCCGCCAUUUCAGGCUGUCGAACCCGAGUAAUUUCCAAGUCGGAGCACCAGCAGCAGAUGGUGGUACAGCAGGGCUUUACACCAGGGAGAAAGGCUUCCUCGCAUACUAUGAGAUCUGUGACAUGCUUUCUAAAGGCGCCAAGCGCUAUUGGGAACCAGAACAAAUGGUUCCGUACCUUGUCAGUGGAGACCAAUGGGUGGGGUACGACGAUGAAGAAAGUAUUGAAAUAAAGUUAAUGUAUAUAAAGGAGAAGGGAUAUGGUGGUGCCAUGGUGUGGAACAUUGACCUCGAUGAUUUCAAUAAACAAUGUUCCCUUUCCAAACGCCCUUACCCCUUAAUGAGCCUCAUGGCGGAAGUACUCGGAGGGUACACCCCACCAUCAACAGAGAGACCAACGAAGGGGUCCACGAUUACAACACAGGGACCAACAAAGGGUACUGACCGUACAGAAACUCCGAUUGUGACUGGCUCAACUAAACCUCCGGGAGAGUUCUCGUGCAAUGGGCGGCCUGAUGGCUUUUACCCUGACCCGACUGACUGUUCAGCAUAUUAUCAAUGUUGGUCUGGUAUCAAGUAUAGAACAGUAUGUGGAAAUGACUUGUUGUGGAAUCAAGCCGGAAAAUACUGUGACUUUCAUUACAACGUGGAUUGUCAAUUAGUAACGAGUACCACAGAGGCGCCAACUAAUCCACCUACCACACAAGAACCUACAAAUCCACCCACGAAUCCGCCAACAGAUCCACCCACUGAACAACCCACGAAUCCACCCGCAACAGAGAAACCUGCAGACUUUUGCAAGAACAAAGCAAACGGCCUUUACAAGAAGAAAGAUGACUGCCAAUCAUAUUAUAAUUGUGCGCACGGACUAACGAACGUAUACACGUGCGCCGAUGGCACGUUGUUCAAUGCAGCAACGAAGAAUUGUGAUUGGGCAAGAAACGUUGAUUGUGAUGAAGAAGGGGAUAAAACGGAUCCAGUAACAACAAACUGCAAUGAAUUUUUAGAGUUUUGUGCCAACAAGGCCGAUGGCAUGUACACCUAUCCUGAGGACUGUAGGAAGUACUACCACUGUGGCAGCUACAUGACCUAUGUGAAGAGUUGUAGCGCGGGCUUGUACUGGAACCCCUCUAUAAAUAACUGUGACUGGGCAGCCAACGUGGACUGUGGAGCUCGCCCGGUUCCUCCAGCUUAUAUCAGCCUUGGAAAUGAAUGCGCAGACCUGGAUGACGGACUUUAUCCAGACCAAAGAAAUUGUCACGGAUUCUUCCGGUGUGAAAAUGGCGGGAAACAUCCGGGCAGCUGUGGAAAAUUUCUGCGAUUUAAUCCAUCAAUCGGCGUCUGUGAUUGGCCAAUGAACGUGAAAUGUUUCAAAGGAUUUAAAAGAGGACAGAAAUGUUAUAAACGAGUAUGUUACUAUGCAAACUGGGCACAAUAUCGCCCCGUGCCUGCACGGAUGAUGCCUGACAAAAUUGACCCAAACCUGUGCACCCAUCUCAUUUAUGCUUUCGCCAAACUAGAUUCCAAUUCUGAACUUAGCUUCACAGAAUUUAAUGACGGAGACAUGGUUAAGGAAUUCAACAAUCUCAAGAAAAAGAAUCCAGAACUCAGAACGCUUCUUGCUAUUGGUGGUUACAAUCAAGGGAGCAAACCCAUGUCUGUCAUGACAGCCAAUAGAAACCUGCGAAAAAAGUUUGCUCGGACAGCCGUAGACUUCAUUAAAAAGUGGGGUUUCAACGGCCUCGAUCUGGACUGGGAAUUCCCCACGGGAAUAGGAAAAGAAAGAGGAAAGAAAGUGGACAAGCAAAACUUUAUUUCGCUUUUAAAAGACCUGAGACAAGAGUUUGCUAAAGAAGAUGCCCGAUUUCUACUGACGGCUGCAGUAUCUGCUGAGAAAAGCCAGAUUGACAAGAGUUACGACAUUCCAGGCAUGGUGGCGUAUUUAGAUUUCAUCAAUCUGAUGUCUUAUGAUUUACACGGUGAUUGGGAAAAAACCGCGGAGCACAACAGCCCACUUCACCCACGACCAGAUGAAAUGGGAAUCGAUAGGAGAAAAAAUGUGGAAUGGGCGGCGAGGUAUUGGGUACAGCAAGGGACACCGAAGGAACUGUUAAUAAUUGGUCUCCCAACAUACGGCCGGCACUACAAACUAAAAAAGAAAAAUAUCAACGAUGUUGGUUCGCCUAUCAAAAAAGCUGGCGAGAAAGGUCCAUAUACAAAAGAAUACGGGUUUAUGGCGUUUUAUGAGGUGUGCGAGCUGAUGGACUCGGGUGAGAUAGUAGUUGAAACGGAUCAAGAAGUGCCGCACUUGCUACACGAGGACCAUUGGAUAGGUUAUGAUGAUGAAAAAAGCUUUACCAAGAAGCUUGAAUUUAUCAAAGCAGAGGGCUAUGGUGGAGCUAUGGUUUGGAGUCUGGAUUUGGAUGACUUCGAUAACCUCUGUCCGUAUUCGUAUUCGAAUCGCCGUUCUUAUCCGGAACGCCGUUUCCCUUUGGUUAGCCUUAUGGCUGAAAAAUUAGGAGAGUAUAUACCAGAUUAUAUGCCAGAAGACUACUACAUAGAAACUACUACCACAGCGGCAGACGAUUGGAAUCAAGAUUCAGACGAAGACUGGAACCAAGAUUCUGAAGAACAGAAUAAUAUGGAGUAUAAAACAGUGUGUUACUUCACAAACUGGGCUCAGUACCGUCCGGGACCAGGGAAGUAUCUUCCAAGAGACAUUGAUCCCAAUCUUUGUACUCAUCUUAUCUAUUCUUUUGCUAAAUUGGAGAACAAUGAGUUGGCCUUAACGGAAUGGAAUGAUGAAGAUUUGUAUGCUGAGUUCAAUGGACUAAAAAGUCAAAACCCAAAUUUGAAGACCCUGGUCGCUACUGGUGGUUGGAAUGCGGGUAGUAAGGUUUAUUCAGACAUGGUAUCCGAUGAAUACAAAAGGAAACAAUUCGCCAAAUCUUCUGUGGAAUUUCUUAGAGGCUAUGGCUUCGAUGGUCUAGACCUUGAUUGGGAAUAUCCUGCUCUAAGAGGAGGAAAGCCCGAGGAUAGAGAAAAUUUUAUUGAGUUACUGAAGGAUUUGAGUAACGAGUUUGACAGAGAUGCAACCGAAUCUUAUCAGCCACGACUUCUACUUACCGCCGCCGUCGCCGCCGGAAAAUCCAACAUUGAUCCAGCCUACGAUAUACCCCAAAUGGCAAGGUACCUGGACUUUAUAAAUCUCAUGUCUUACGACCUACACGGGCACUGGGACGAGACGGUGGGACACAACAGUCCACUAUAUGCAAGGCAUGAUGAAAUGGGUGAUCAAAGACAACUUAAUACGGACUGGGCAGCAAGAUAUUGGGUAGAAAAAGGAACUCCUCCAGAAAAGUUGAUAAUUGGUCUAGCAUUGUACGGCCGAAACUAUGAAUUAGCUGACCGAAAUCAAAAUGAUUUUGGUGCCAAAAUUAAUGGCCCAGGAGACAAGGGAGAAUUCACUGGACAACCAGGGUUUCUGGCAUACUACGAGGUUUGCCAGAUACUGAAAGAUGGAGCCACACGCGAGUGGAAUGGAGAACAUCGAGUGCCGUAUUUGGUGGACGGUAAUCAAUGGAUUGGCUAUGACGACGAAAAGAGUUUUUCGCACAAGCUUAAAUAUAUAAAGGAUCAUGGUUUUGGAGGAGCUAUGGUAUGGGCUAUCGACUUGGAUGAUUUCAAUGGGCAAUGCUCAGAGAAAUACCCAUUGAUGAAGCGCAUACAAUCAGAACUGAGUAAACCUGGGAACUCUCAGUCUUGGAACGAUAAUCAGGACGAUUACAACCAGCAUCCUGCUGCUCAGACACAAUGGCCACCCGCAGAUGCGCGGCCAACCCAACCUCAGACCGCAGCACCAACUCAACGCCCGCCUCAGACCGUAGCACCAACACAACGCCCGCCUCAGACCGCAGCACCGACACAACGACCUCCGCAGACAGCUGCGCCUCCAUCAGCUACAAGCCCAGAAGAGAUGUGCAAGAUCAAACCUACAGGUUACAUGUAUGGCGAUCCUUCCAACUGUGCCAAGUUUGUAACGUGCUUGCACGGAAGCCCAGUUAUACGACCAUGCGCACCAGGGACUCACUGGAAUCAGCAAAUUAAAAACUGUGACUUUCCGUGGAGGGCUAACUGUCAAACGAAAAGAACAUUGAAGGCCGCCUCUGACCCAGAAAGAUCAGCGCUAGAAACACUUUUGAGGAAACUGGAUAUGAAAUUGUCAGGUCUGGACUCGCGAAAUUCGAAUUCGGAGUAUUCGGACUUUAAAGAUCUAGACACGGACUCGACUGACCCGGAUUUGGAUAUCCGAGACAUUGAAACGGAUACGGACGACAGUGAUUCAGAUGAGGAGUAUAUCUUUUAACCCUUAGACUGCUACAUUUCUAUAAUGAACCUGUCUAUUUUUUUAAAUUUGGACAGUUCCAUUAACUGUUAAACGGGGUGCUUACCAAAAAGAUACUGACUGAAUUAAUGGACAUUCGUGCAGUCUGAUCAUGGUCUGCACUGGUCGCAAAGGCAAAAACACUUGCCGCCAGCAGGCUAAAGGUUAAUAGAUAUUGUCUAAUGUGAUGAAAAUUUUAUUCAAACAUAUAGCACCGACGCCAGUUGUAAUUGUUCUUAUUACUUCUAGGACAUCCUUUGAUAUAAACUUUAUCAAAAGUAUUACUGAAAAACUA